AUGGGCAUCAAGAAUAGACCAGAGCAGGGCCCUCGCACCGAGGCCUCGAUGAAACAGAGACGCCCGGUGCUUCUGGAGGCUAAGCUGUGCCCAACCGGCACUCCCCAUCAUCUGGCGUCCACUCGGCUCGCAAACUUGAUGCCUGUCUCCACAUGGUACCGGGCGGCCGGCGCGGGCUCGGAGCUUGCACCGUUCGGCGCCGGCACUAGGACAGACCAGAUGGGAGACCUCGAACCCGACACGGCCCGCGGGGUCGCCGAGCUCACGUACGACGAGAAGGCCAAAACACACGACGACUAUCUCGGCGCCCAGGUCCUCGAUGCGGGUGAUCAUGGUGACAAGGCCAUCGAAAAGCGCGCCGACUCGGACGCGGCCUCGGACACUCCGCCACCGCAGAUUGGGCCAGACGGCGAGCCCAUCAUCGUCACGGGUGCCGAUGCCGCCAACUACCUCCUGUCCCUCCGCGACGACCACGACCCAUCGCUCACCUUCCGCUCGCUCUUCAUCGGUACGCUCGUGAGCGCGUUCCAGGCCGCCAUGAACCAAAUCUACAACUUCAAGCCCAGCGCCGGCGGCAUCACGGGCUCGUUCAUCGUCCUGAUCAUCUGGUUCCUCGGCCGCCUGUACGCCUUCGUCCUGCCGCGCGGCGACACGCUCGAGGCCAAGUUCCGCGAUAAACACGGCGCCGAUGCCCGUCGACCUUGGUGGCUGUGGCUCGCCAUCUUCCUCAACUCGGGCGAGUAUGGUCUCAAGGAGCACGCCGUCGCUGCCAUCAUGGCGUCCUCGGCGUCCAAUGGAGCGAGCUCGGUCUCGGUAUUCACCGUCCAGAACCUCUUCUACGACCAAAAGCUCACCGCCAACACCGUCAUCCUCACCACCCUCUCCAUCGGCCUCUUCGGAUACGGUCUCACGGGUAUCCUCCGGCCCAUCACAGUCUGGCAUCCCGAGGCGGUGUACUGGGGCAACAUUCCCCUUGUGAAGACCCUCCAGGCCCUCCACUGGGACAAGUUCAAGUCGUCCAAGCCCCUUCGCUACUUCUGGUAUGCUUUCGGAUCCAUGACGGUUUAUGAGUUCUUUCCUGCGUACAUCUUCCCCUGGUUGAAUUCCAUCUCGGUCCCCUGCCUCGCCUCGAUGAACGCGACCGGCAGCCGUGCCUCGAUCUUGACCAAUCUCUUCGGUGGCUCUCUCUCCAACGAGGGUCUGGGCAUUCUCAACUUCUCAUUUGACUGGCAGUACAUCACGUCUGGCGCCACGUCACUCCCGCUCAAGUGGCAGGCCAACUUUAUCGCCGGCUACAUCGUCUGCUGGAUCGCCUUCCUCGCCGUGUACUACGGUAAUGCGUGGGGCGCGCGCGACUUGCCAUUCCUCAGCUCAUCGCUCCGAACCCAGUCGGGCAAGCGCUACAGCUCGCUCAAGGUGUUCAAGAACGGCGUGCUGGACAAGGCAGCCCUCGCGGAAUACGGUCUUCCCAGAAUCACCGCGACUUAUGCCUUUGCGAGCACGGUCGGGACAAUGGCAAUUGGCGGCCUUAUCGCCCACUGCGUCCUCUUCUGGGGUCCCGACAUUGUCCGCAGUGUCAAAAACCUCCGGAAGGGCAAAUCGGACGACCGUCACCACGCCGCCAUGGUGCGCGACUACCCCGAGGCCCCGUGGUGGUGGUACAUCGGCGUUCUACUCUUCGCCUUCAUCCUCGGUAUCGUCGCCGUCGUCACCAAGAACCUGGGUAUCCCGGUGUGGGCUUAUAUCGUGGCCCUCCUCCUUGGUGCUGCCAUUGCUCCAUUCUCAACGCUCCUAUACUCACGGUUUGGCAACGGUAUCGCAACCAACCAGGUGAUGAAGAUGGUCGCAGGUCUCACCAUCCCUGGUCGUCCGAUUGGCAACCUCUACUUCUCCGCCUGGUCGCACACGGUCAUCGCCAACUCUCUCAACCUCGCCUCGGACCUCAAGAUGGGCGAGUACCUCAAGAUUCCUCCCCAGGUCAUGUUCCUCACACAGAUCUGGGGCACGGUGUUUGGCGCCUUCAUCAACUACGUCGUCAUGAUCUCGGUUGUCAACGCCCACCGUGACCUGCUCGUCGACACGAACGGUUCAGCGCAGUGGUCGGGCCAGGCCUUCCAGUCGAUGAACAACCAGGCGACCACUUGGGCUCUGGCAAAGUACAUGUACUCGCUCCAGGGCAAGUACUACAUUGUGCCGUUUGGCCUUCUCAUCGGCUUUGGCUUUGUCGUGCUACACCGCGUCUUUGUUAUUUUUGUCCCCCGCAUUGGUGGCAUCUCCACCCGCGAGAUCAACCUCCCGACCUUCUUCAUGUACACCGGCUGGCUGGGUUACAACCAGACCCAGUCGUGCACCGUGCUGUCCGGCGUUGCCGCUGGAUUCUAUGUGCAGUACUACCUGAGGAACUACCGCCCGCGUAUUUUCAAGGACUUUCAGUACCUCGUGACGGCGGGCUUUGACGGCGCGUCGCUUUUCGUCGUUUUCAUCCUGUCAUUUGCAGUACUCGGCGCCGGUGGACCCACUGUUCCGUUCCCGACGUGGUGGGGUAACCCGAAUACGGACACGACGUUUAUUGAUCACUGCCCCCAACCGAGUUAG